AUGGCGAAGAGAGAAGGCAUGAGCGCUGCACAAAUUUCAGAUACUAUUCAGUAUAAGAAGUGUCCAGAUGAUCAAUAUCAGAAUACUCAGAGAAUUUACUAUCUUCCAAAGGAUGUGAACUUCUUGACUUUUGAAGACCCUUUGGGGAUGGCUCUGGCCUGCACAGCUCUGCUUCUCUGUCCUUACUACAAUGGUCCUUGGGGUAUUUGUGAAGCAUCAGGAAAUCCCCUCAGUCAAAGCCAGUACACGGACUUUCAGAUACAUUCUGCUGAAAGUCUGACCUCCCUCACACUGUUCUUCCUCUGCUCCGCCCUCUUCAUUGGCCACCCCCCCACACAGUUACCUGGUGACUACAACAAAACUUUGCUCCCUUCAUUGACACAGACACACUCUAAGCUUGGAUCUGUAGUUGUCACACGCAAUGAGGGUUUCAGCACUGCCUUCUACCGUGUCCUAGGAUACCUGGGCUCCUUGACCCUGGGGAGUUUUACCUUGGCUUUUCUGGCCAUGGGUUUGCCUGACACCUUCAAUAAAUCCAAGUUCUUGAUGUUCAGCAUGCUGGUGUUCUGCAGUGCCUGGGUCACCUCCCUCCCUGUCGCCCAUAGCACCAAGGGGAAAGUCCCGGAAGCCAUGGAGGUCUUCUUCAUCUUAGCUUCCAGUGCUAAGUUACUUGGCUGCAUCUUUGCCCCCAAGUGUUACGUUAUUCUUAUAAGAUCAGAUAUGAAUACCCUCCAAGGUCCGAAGAUUAAAAUAGCUUCUGGAAGCAGUAAGAAUUCCAGAGGUUUAUUUCAAAAAAGGGGGAAAAAAGAGGCGACACCCUGAAUUUAAAAAUUCACUAUUAUUACAAUCAGAUGCAAGUUAAUACUUGAAUCAAACUCACUGCCUCCGAAGAUAAAGUCAGUCUCAUAGCUUUAAAGAAAUUAAGAGCAAUACCACCCUCAGUUAUUCUGUUUCAUAGUGUGAAAGUUAUGGAUGUUUUCCAUCCAUGCCUUUUUCUUCGAUGUAUCCAACCUUUCAUGCAGCAUUUUUCUUCCUUUCUAUGGAAUAACAACCUACCUAACUCAGUGUCUUCAGCCAACAAUCUUGCCUAAUUUUCCAGUUUGGAGAUUGUUUGCCUUCACAGACAUUCCUUUCCUUUCCCCUGUAAGCUAUAUUGCCUAAGAUUCCAGCCAUCUGGGUUCUGAGUGGGGUCAUCCAGAAGAAAGCAACGUUAGAAUAAUGAUGGCUUUUUCUCAGUGAUUCUACCUCCUCCUAGACAAAUCUAUUCUGCUUUUCUGCUUGCAGCCUCCAUCGAGUGAUCCCAGACCGUGGGCACCGGUAACUCUGCCUCCCUGAUAAUUUCUCUCUCUC